CGUCUCUCUUCGCUGCAAGCAAAAAAACCCUAGCUAGACCGACGAGCCUGCGCUAAAAUUGUCCUCGGGCCAUCUCUCUCUUGCUGCCAAGUUUCGUCGCCACCCAGUUUGGAUAAUGGCGAGAAAGCGAAAGCAGGAGUCGACUCCGAGCGUUGCCGCCGAAGCAAGUCAACCGCCGAAGAAGCAACAACAACAGCAACCGAUAAAGCAAGAGCCGCAGGAGCUGCAACAAUUGAAGCAGCAGCAGCAGCAGCAGCAGCAGGACGCUGCGGCCCGAGAACAGCACGUUGUUGAGUAUGAAGAAGUAGAAGAAGAAGAAGAAGAAGUCGAAGAAGAAGUCGAGGAAGAAGAGGAAGUUGAGGAAGAGGAAGAGGAGGAAGAAGAGGAUGGGGAGGAGGAGGAGGAGGAGGAGGAGGAAGAGGAGGAUGAGGACAAUCAGACCGCUAAUGAGGACGACGACGACGAACCUAUACAGCAGCUUCUAGAACCAUUCAGCAAGGACCAACUCAUCGCUCUGCUCUCCGAAGCAGGAGCUGAGCAUCGCGACGUGGCUGAUCGGAUACGCCAGAUGGCCGAUGUGGAUCCGGUUCACCGUAAGAUAUUUGUCCACGGGCUUGGAUGGGACGCCACUGCAGAAACCCUAACCAACGCAUUCAAGCAGUACGGUGAAAUUGAGAACUGCAAGGCCGUCUGUGAUAAGGUCUCCGGCAAAUCGAAAGGAUACGGUUUCAUCCUCUUUAAAAGUCGUCGCGGUGCGCGCAAUGCCCUGAGGGAGCCCCAGAAGAAGAUUGGGAAUCGCAUGACUGCGUGCCAGCUUGCGUCCAUUGGCCCCGUGCCUAUUCAAUCUGGAGUGCAGUCAGCCCCUUCGCAGCAGCAGCAGCAGCAGCAGCAUCAGCAUCAGCAGCAGCAGCAAGUGUCUGAGUAUACACAGAGGAAGAUUUAUGUGAGUAACGUCGGGGCAGAGUUGGAUCCAAAGAAGUUGACUGAAUUCUUUGCCAAGUUUGGUGAGAUCGAGGAAGGGCCAUUAGGGCUCGACAAGUUGACUGGCAAGCCGAAAGGGUUUUGCUUGUUUGUGUAUAAGACUGUCGAGAGUGCCAAGAAGGCUUUGGAAGAACCGCACAAGAGUUUCGAGGGUCAUAUGUUACAUUGCCAGAAAGCUAUUGAUGGACCAAAACCUGGGAAGUCUCAGCAUAUGCAACAUCAGAAUGCAAACAAUCGCCAAUCCCAAAGGAAUGACAGUGCAGGGUUUGCAGGUGCAGCUGCUGCGGGACUUGGGCAAUUGAACCCUGCAGGAAUUGGGUUUGGUCAGGGUGCUGCAACUGCACAGGCAUUGAACCCCGCACUUGGGCAGGCGCUUACUGCUUUGCUUGCAACUCAAGGUGCUGGAUUGGGGCUAACAAACUUGUUGGGAACUCUAGGGUCAGCUGCGGCUGUUAAUCCAGCCGUGCCACCUGCUGGUCAUGGAUUGCAGGCAGCCUACGGAAGCCAGAUGAACAUUACCCCUGGAUUAAUUGGAGGAGGAUAUGGAAGUCAAGCUGGAUAUGCAAACCAGCAAAUGGGUCAAGGUGCAGCUGGUAGAGGGCAGCAUGCUGGACAGUUUAGUGGCAGUGGACCAUAUAUGGGUGGUCAUUAGACCCUGAGAGGAUGAGGGUGUGAGGGCAGUGCCAUCAAAUCUGAGUAUAUGGAUCUCUUUCCUAGCUGAGGUAUAUUGUUGAGCUAAUCAUAGCUUGAGGCACAUUGUUGGAGCAGUAAGAAAGGCCAUCAAUGUUGGAAUGGAUGAAUUGCUUAGAAGAUGGAGCAUUGUACGUAUAGAAGGCAUUGUUGUGUAAAAUCCACUGGUGAACUUUACAGAAGAUUUCGACAUACCGUCUUAGUUGAAAGAGCGCCUGGAAGUGGUAGUAAGUGAUUGUUGGGUUGGAGUCUUGUAUGAAUGUCACGAUACUGAUUUAAUAACAAACGGGACGUGCUCGAUGGUCGAAUAGCCUCAUUUGCAGGAGAUGAGUUUAUGGCCUGUUAGAAGUAGAAGACGCUAUGGUCAUGGAGGAAACAUCUUAAUUGGAAAGUCUCCAAAACAAGUUGAUGAUUCCAGUGUAGAGUCCUUUUUUGCGCAAAUGGUCGGAGGUCAGUGAUGAAAUGUGCACUCCAAUGUGCAUGCUCCAUUCUGUUCAGCCCGCUGUCUGCACGAUCAUUAGUGUAUGAUUAAGGGAAACAGUAUCGAGCCAGGGGCAUUAGGGGAAGUGAUUGAGAGUUGUGGCCCAUUGUAUCUUCCUAGUAUUGUACUUCUACGAUUCUUCA